AUGGCAGGAGGAAAUAUUACAGAUGUGAAAGAAUUUAUUCUCCUGGGAUUUUCUGAUAUUCCCAAAUUCCAAGGCCUUCUUUUUGGAAUUUUCUUAAUUAUUUACCUGUGUAUCAUUAUAGGAAAUACACUUAUCAUUAUAAUUACAAAGGCUGAUCCAGCUCUCCAAACUCCAAUGUAUUAUUUCCUUGGAAACUUUUCCUUCUUGGAAAUAUGUUAUACAUCAGUCACUCUCCCCAGAAUGCUAAUGAACCUUUGGACACAGAAGAGAAAUAUUUCUUUGCUGGCUUGUGCUACACAAGUAUGCUUAAUUCUAGGUCUGGGAGGCAGUGAGUGCUUCCUCCUUGCUGCCAUGGCAUAUGACCGCUAUGUGGCCAUUUGUAAACCUCUCUACUAUUUGUUUAUCAUGAACCACAAGAUUUGUGUUCAGCUACUUAUUGGAUCCUGGAUCAUUGGGAUACCAGUUGUGUUAGGACAAACAUACCAAAUUUUUUCUCUACCCUUCUGUGGUCCUACAAGACUCAACCACAUUUUCUGUGAUAUCUACCCAAUAUUGCAGGUAGCCUGUGGUGAUACCUCUAUGAGUGAAAUCUUGAUCUAUUUAGAUGUUGGACUGUUUGGCAUUGUUCCCUUUCUUUUAAUAUGUGGGUCCUACAUCAAAAUCAUUGUUGCAAUCUUAAAACUGCCAUCAGCAAUAGGGAAAUCUAAAGCUUUCUCUACUUGUUCCUCUCAUCUCAUGGUAGUGGGCUUAUUCUUUGGUUCUGGCAUCAUUGUGUAUUUGCAACCCAAAUCCAGCCAUUCAGCAGGAUCAGACAAAAUUCUCUCUCUCUUCUAUACCACUCUGACUCCAUUAUGUAACCCAAUGAUAUAUAGCCUGAGAAACAAGGACUUUAUUGUGACAAUAAGAAAAUUGUUAUCUAAAUGCUCAAGAAUUGGAGACAGAUAA